AUGGCCUCACCAGCACCGCGCCCGCCAGAGCGGCGUCGCGUCCUCGGUUCAUCCACCUCCUCGACUUCAUCGCCGACAGCCUCCCUCCCUGCCGCUCGCCCCAUACGAGCGCGUGUCGACCUGAGCAAUGUGACGACGUCCCCUUCAACAGCCCACUGGACCCCCUCACAACCCGUACGAGCGCGAGUGCAGCUUGACGGUCGGGGUGGGGUGGUCGCCAGCGCCCCCGCCACUCCAGGCGGUUCAUGUUCGCCAUUCGCGCGAGGGGUCGGGAAUGGAGGUCAGGGCUUGGCGGGCAGCGUGCGGGCGACGCUGAGCCCGCAGGUGACGGGCGCACGUGGGACGAGUCCAGUGCGCUCGCGUUCGCCCGACCUCAAUGCUGCGAGAACCCUGCAGGCGCGAGUACCCACAACGACAACGCCCAGAGCGACACCUACAGCCAGACUUGCACCCGCCGAAACACCUCUCCUGCGCGGCCAGAGCGACCCCUUCCCCAAAGUCUCGAGUCCUUCGCAGAACAGCACGCCCACACCGAUCUCUUACCUCCCUUCCUCCGUCUCUGUGCGACGACUGCACUCUCCCACACUCCGCUCGUCACCUUCGACCGUCGGCCGCGCCAGCAAUGCCAGUAGUAGCGCCGAAUCAUCCGCCUCCGUCCCUCCUCUUUCAACGUCGCCCGGCAGCUGCGCUUCCUCGCCCCUCACAUCGCCCGUUCUGCGAGGGCACUCGUACGACGGCUCGACGUUCGGGGCGACGCUUUCGCCUCCGCCAGAAGCGUACUAUGACGGAUCGGUCGGGCGGAAAGCGGGAUCUGCGGUGAGGAAGAUGAGCGGGAUGAGCAGCGCAUCGUCCGCUUCGUCCGCCGACAGCGGUCUGCUGCCACCCGUUUCCGUCUCGGGCGAUGAGCGGUUUCCUUUUCCGUCUCUGUCGCCAACCUAUUCCAGCCCAAUACACUCUCCACCGCUCAAGUCGCCUUCGGUGAAAUCCGUUCCCAGCCAUGCAACGCCGACAAGCGGCAUUUCUCGCUCACCCGCUAUCUCGUCUUCACGCACGAUUAAAGCCUCGCUCUCAGCUUCGACCUCGCGACCCCCAGUCGCAGCCUCGAACCCUUCGAACCGGCACCGACACGCCCGCUCGCAGUCUACGACCUCCACCUCGUCCCGCUCAUCAGCCCUCUCGUCACACUCGUACGACAACCACCCGAGUCAAGCUGCGACUUGGUCGCAUGCGCAGUCACCCGUCGCAUCUCCUUCGCUUCCAUCCGCACGACCACCGCUUGCGGCAAUCGAAUGGUCCACCAGCCCGACCCCAGGACCCGCAUCACCGCCGGCUGCACCGCGACCCCGGCUUCGGACCUCGAGCGGGAGCGAGGGAGCGAUCUCUUGGUCGACUGGCUUCGUCGAGCGGGAGAUGGACGACCAGGAGAAGGAGGCCAAGGUCGAGCGCAGGAUUGCCGACCUGGAGAUCCGGAACGCCUCCCUCCUCAGCAUCAACACUUCGCUCGAACGGCUCAAGGUCAAGCACACAAACGAGAUUCGCGAGCUGCGGCGCAAGUUGCGCGAGUCGAUAGGCGGCGCGGGUCUCGCUGCCUUGCGGGCGCAGGCGACGAAGCUCGUCGAGACGGAGGAUGGUGGCGGCGAGCACCUGGACGACUCGGACGACGAAGCAGAUUCGGAUGGCGAGCGCGAGGAUGAGCCGACGUGGCAGGAGCUGCUCGACGGCGACCCGACGUUCUCUGCGCUCGCUGGCACGGUCGAAGCGUUGAUUGCGCGGGCCAAGCGGGCGGUCGAGUACGAGCCGGCUGGCGCCGACGUCGGCGGUGGGCGGGUGCUGAGCACCGUUGAGAUGGAGGAUCGGCUUAGGAUGGAGGAUGGCGGCGGAGCGGAGGACGAGGAGGAGCAGAGCAGCGGGAUGGGGACGUCGCCCGAGUUGUCGAGGGCGUCCACCCCGGCAACCUCGCCCGCCUCGUCUUCCGCUGCGGUCAGCAGUGCUGAGAAAGGACUGGGUAUCCGUGGCUGGCAGCGGCAUCCACGUUGA